AUGACAUCCGAAUUGGUAUCUGUCAACUGUAAAAAUGAAGAAGGAAUAAUAAACGAAUCAAAAAAUAGCAAUGAAGAAAGCAAUGAGUCUGUGGAAUAUGUGGUCGUAUCAGAAACGGAGGAGAGCGAACGCUUAGAGCUUCCCUUAUUACCAGAAGAUUGUUCAUUGAGUUUAAACACUUUGGUUCAUGCAUUCCCUGGUGCACAUGGAUUAAAAUAUAAAAAUUCUAUAACAGGAGCUAGUCGGGCUUUGCUGAUGGAUCCACAGGGGACGCGUUUUCUUGCACCUCCCGAUGGCUGGAAGAAUAAGACAUUUAUUGUCAUCUAUCCUCACCGUGGUUCAGGUGAUCAGAACACGAAGCGCAAGAAGAUGAUGGAUGAGUGUGAGCAAGAGGGCGAUUCCGAAGAUUCGCAAGGGGGACGCGGGGGACAGUUUACCGCUAAGCAAAAGCGUAUCGAGGAUCCAAGUGGCGAGAAAGCGUGUAUUGAUUUGAUUGUCCUCGGAUUGCCAUUCAAAACAUCUGCUGAAACAUGCAAGGCAUAUUUCGAAAAUUUCGGCGAAGUCGUCCUUUUUGAUUUGAAAACUGAUCCUAGUGGUGCGUCAAAAGGUUUUGGAUUUGUGCGAAUGGCUGACUUUGAUGCCCAACAACGCAUCCUCACGCAGCAAACGCAUGAAAUUGAUGGACGUAGAUGUCAAGUGAGGAUUCCACUUUCGAAGGGAGAUACAGGAUCACCAAUAGUAACUCGCAUAUUUGUGGGUCGCGUACAGGAAAAGACUACUGUCGAUACACUCCGAAAAUUCUUCAAUGGCGAGGCUACUAAAAUUGAUCCAAAUGCUUUUGUAACAGAUGUUUUCAUUCCACGUCCAUUCCGAUCAUUCGCUUUUGUCAACUUUUCGAGUCCUGCGGUCGCCAAAGAACUAAUGAGACAGGGAGACUUCAUUAUUGAUGGCUCAUCAGUAGCAGUAAGUGCAGCGGCACCACGUGAAUCAGACUUUUCUCCACGAUACGGUCAAAAUGCUUCGUAUGGAUUGCCAAGUCAAGGACGACAUUCGCGCAGAUUUUCUGACAAAUAUGGCUAUUCCCCGGAAACUGUUAGCUUCAAAAGUCCCGAUUACACAUCUUAUCCGUACGAUCCCAUGGUAUCUCGCUCAGUGGAUAAUUGGCGUGCUAAUACUUAUCGUUCUUCGGAUGCACGCGCAUCGAAUCGUUUUUCACCUGGUUAUUCCAAUUCUCCCCGUUAUUCGACACCGGCACGUUCAGGUACAAGCCAAGCAUUAGCAUCUGGGCUGGAUGCACUGAAUUUGAACAAGAUGAAUGUGAAUCCGGAUAUGAUGGAUGCAGCGUGGCAAGCUUUUUGGAGUACUCUGAGCAAUAAUAGCAGUAAUGCUGGCACUGGCACACCUUCUGCUACAAAUUCCAAUGGGAAGUGGUAA